GAACGUGAUGCCCAAGACGCUGGAUGGCCAGAUCACCAUGGAGAAGACCCCCAGCUACUUUGUGACCAACGAGGCCCCCAGGCGCAUUCACUGCAUGGCCAAGGACACAAAGCUGAUCGUGGUGGUGAGGAACCCGGUCACCCGGGCCAUCUCGGACUACACACAGACGCUCUCCAAGAAGCCAGAGAUCCCCACCUUUGAGGUGCUGGCCUUCAAGAACCGGACCCUGGGGCUGAUCGAUGCCUCCUGGAGCGCGAUCCGCAUUGGGAUCUACGCCCUGCACUUGGAGAACUGGCUCCAGUACUUCCCCCUCUCCCAAAUCCUUUUUGUCAGUGGCGAGAGGCUCAUCACUGACCCAGCCGGGGAGAUGGACAAGGUCCAGGACUUCUUAGGCCUCAAGAGGAUUGUGACAGAGAAACAUUUUUAUUUUAAUAAAACCAAGGGGUUCCCCUGUCUAAAGAAGCCAGAGGACAGUAGUGCUCCCCGGUGCUUGGGCAAGUCCAAGGGUCGAACUCACCCCAAAAUAGACCCAGACGUCAUCCACAGACUGCGGAAGUUUUACAAACCCUUCAAUGUCAUGUUUUACCAAAUGACGGGCCAGGAUUUCCAGUGGGAGCAGGAAGAAAGUGAUAAGUAG